AUGUCGGUUGAGGCGCUGUCCGGUAAAGUCUUCUUGGUGGUAACCGGUGCGAGUCGUGGCAUCGGUCGACAAAUCGCGCUAACGUUUGGCUCGCUGCUGGAGAAAGGUUCGCACAUGCUCUUACUGGCGCGAGACCUUAAUGCUCUGUGUGAAGUCAAAAAAAGUAUACCUCCCAUCGUGAAUGUCGAUGCGGUCAGGAUGGAUUUGAGUAAAGCGACCAAAACCGAUCUCGAAGAAGCCAUACUGAAAACUCUGAAAGGAACUACUCUCGAGGCGUUCGACCGAGUGGUCCUAGUGCACAAUGUGGGCACUAAUGAGCAAAAACUGCUGAACGAGUUGACAGAUGUCAGUGACUGGAGAACGUACUACGACUUGAAUUUUUUCUUGCCCGCUGUGUUGAAUGCGGUGGUUAUGAAUCUCUUCGAUUCAAAGACGAACACGAAGAAAGUAAUUAUCAAUAUAACUUCUUUCACCGCUAUUCAGGCGCUUAUCGGCACUGGUUACUAUUGCACGGUGAAAGUAGCACGGGAAAUGUAUUUUAAGGUCUUUGCGUUGGAGAAUCCCGACGUUGACGUAUUGAAUUACAGUCCGGGACCCGUCGACACGGAUUUGUUUACUUUCGUAGUCGAAACCUCUAUUGAUCCCGUACAUAAGGAACACUUACGCGAAUUGCAGAAGAACAAGAUCGUCUUAAGUCCAGAACAGAGCAUUAAUCGUCUUGUGGAGGUAUUGAAGGCACAUAAGUAUAAAUCGGCGGAACGUGUGGAUUAUUAUGAUCCAUUGUAGAUACUUGACUCUUCAGGGGGAGAGGGACCCAAUAAUUCAUUCAACGAGUCUCUUGAUAAACUAAUUUUUUAAUACAAUUUUGCUUUCUUUUAAAAAUAAUAUAUCUCUGUAACUUCUUGCAAAGUAAUAUAAAAAAAUGGUAUAUUUAAAUAAAGUUUACGCAUUAAUCUACACCUUUUCUUUAAACAUUCUCUCGAUGCACCACGUAUCGCUGAGUAAUAGAUUAUUGAAUAACAAGUAAAUAAUCCUCAUAGUAAAAAGUACAAUCUUAUCUCCUAAGAUCACAGAUUGCAAAAUAUACAUCACUUUUCUCUACAGUGUCCCUUUCUGAUUUAUUUAUACCAAUUGUUUGAAAUUUUAUUUUGUACUUUUCCUGUUUAAAAAUACGUUACAUCAAGAAAUUGGGCAUUUUUCAUUGUACUUGUAAAACCUACUAAAAUGUGCAAGUUAUAAAAUUACAAAAUUAUUUUUGCACAUUGCAACUUAUGCAUAAUAAUUUGAUCAUUAAAUGUGCUGUACAUAUCUUCACAGAUGUGCCAUAUAAAAAAGAUCUAUAUAAUAGUUGCAAGUAUAUGAUAAAUAUGCAUACAAUCAAGAAUAUUGUAUAAAAACAGUAUAAAAAAAUAUGCGAUAAUUGAAAC